GCGAGAAGGGCGAGACGACAGUGACCACACCGGGCCAGGGUCCCGAGCUGCGGAGCUGCUAGCAGUAGAGCGGAGGGAAGGCACGGGGAGGCUAGCGAGGUGGGCAUUGCUUUGGGCUCGGAGAGCGGCCGGAGUCGUGCAGUGGCGCUCUAGCCGUGCAGAGGUCCCAGUGAGGGAAGGAGCAGCGAAGAGGGUCUCCAGUCGGGGCCUAGAGCAGAAGGACUGCAAAAAGGAUGCAGAUGGCUGUAGAGAUGAGGAUGACGGGGAGAUUCUGGAGAGGGGCAGUAGAGGUGAGGAGAUGAUAUAGAGAAACCGUAUCAGAGAGGAAUUGUGUAGAGUUCUGUAGAUGGUCAUAGAGGUGAGUUGGUGGUGGAGAGAAACUGUAAAAGGACCAUCGAGGUAAGGGAGCCAUUUUGGAGGGACAUACACAUGAAAGGGUGGUGUAGAUGGGCAUAGAUGUGAGGUAGCAGUGUAGAGGGUCUAAAGAGGAUCCAGGGGAUGUUUAUGAAGAAGAUGUUUGAGGAGAGAAAGAAGCCCCCCAGAGUGAGCUCUGUAGAGUGCUGUGUGGAGCAUCUCUAGGGUCUGGCCUAGUGAAGACACCCAAGCCAGGCACCUAAGGCAUUUCAAGUAGUGACUUCCUACAUUUGGCUAGUAAUGUGGGUCCUUCUCCGAGGUGGAUACCCCCUCCGCAUCUUGCUGCCCCUCCGUGGGGUGUGGAUGGGUCGGAGGGGCCUACCCCGAAACUUGGUCCCAGGCCCUCCUCGCAGGCGGUACAGGAAGGAGGCUCUCCCAGCCUUGGAGGUACCAGUAUUGCCUGUAACUGCAACUGAAAUCCGCCAGUAUUUGCGGGGUCAUGGGAUCCCCUUCCAGGAUGGCCACAGCUGCCUGCGGGCACCAAGCCCCUUUGUGGAGUCUUCACAGCUCAAGGACCAGACUGGUGUUACCAAUUCCUUCAGCCUCUUCAUUGACAAGACCACAGGCCGCUUUCUGUGCAUGACCAGCCUAGCAGAGGGGAGCUGGGAAGACUUCCAGGCCAGUGUGGAGGGACGAGGGGAUGGGACCAGAGACGGGGUCCUGCUUAGUAAGACCCCAGAAGCUGAGGACAUUGAGGAGGUCCAGAGGAUCUGGGACCGAGCUGUACCUCUCUGGGAGCUGCCUGACCCAGAGGAGGUACAACUGGCUCGUACAAUGUUUGGCCUUAACAAGGUUACAGAUGAUACACUUAGGCGUUUCAGUGUGCGGUAUCUGCGGUCUGCUCGCAGCCUUGUCUUCCCUUGGUUCUCCCCUGGAAGCUUGAGAUUACUAGGCCUGAAGCUAUUAGGGGCUGAAGGCCAGGGAAAUGGAGUGCACUACGUGGAGACCACCAUUCCCCGGCCUGGUGCCUACCGCAAUCUGUUCGGAUUACCACUGAUCAGUCGUCGAGAUGUUGAGGUGGUACUGACCAGUCGUGAGCUUGACAGCCUGGCUUUGAACCAGUCCAUGGGGCUGCCCACCCUUGCCCUACCCCGAGGAACGUCCUGCCUACCCCCUGCCUUACUCCCUUACCUUGAACAGUUCCGACGUAUUGUAUUCUGGUUGGGGGAUGACCUUCGGUCCUGGGAAGCUGCCAAAUUGUUUGCUCGAAAACUGAACCCCAAGCGAUGCUCCUUGGUGCGGCCUGGGGACCAUCAGCCCUGUCCCCUGGAGGCAUUGAACCGAGGCUUAAAUCUUUCUCGUAUUCUUCGUUCUGCCCUGCCUGCCUGGCACAAGUCCAUCGUGUCUUUCCGGCAGCUUCGGGAGGAGGUGCUAGGAGAACUGUCAAAUGUGGAGCAGGUAGCUGGUGUCCGCUGGAGCCGCUUCGCAGAUCUCAGUCGUCUCUUAAAGGGGCAUCGGAAGGGCGAGCUGACAGUCUUCACAGGGCCAACAGGCAGUGGAAAGACGACAUUCAUCAGCGAGUAUGCCCUGGAUUUGUGUUCCCAGGGGGUGAACACACUAUGGGGUAGCUUUGAGAUCAGCAAUGUGAGACUAGCCCGGGUCAUGCUGACACAGUUUGCUAUGGGGAGGCUGGAAGAGCAACUGGACAAAUAUGAUGAGUGGGCCGACCGCUUUGAAGACCUGCCCCUCUAUUUCAUGACUUUCCAUGGGCAGCAGAGCAUCAAGACUGUAAUAGACACAAUGCAACAUGCAGUCUAUGUCUAUGACAUUUGUCAUGUGGUUAUCGACAACCUGCAAUUCAUGAUGGGUCAGGAGCAGCUGUCCACAGACAGGAUUGCAGCUCAAGACUACAUUGUUGGGGCCUUUCGGAAGUUUGCAACAGAUAGUAGCUGCCAUGUGACACUGGUCAUUCACCCCCGGAAAGAGGAUGAUGACAAGGAACUGCAGACAGCAUCCAUUUUUGGCUCAGCCAAAGCAAGCCAGGAAGCGGACAACAUUCUGAUCCUGCAGGACAGGAAACUGGUGACUGGGCCAGGGAAACGGUAUUUGCAGGUGGCCAAGAACCGCUUUGAUGGAGAUAUAGGUGUCUUCCCACUUGAGUUCAACAAGAGCUCCCUCACCUUCUCCAUCCCACCGAAGAGCAAGUCCCGGCUUAAGAAGAUCAAGGAUGACAAUGGACCAGUGGCUAAAAAGCCAUCUUCUGGCAAAAAAGGGGCUACACCCAAGAACUCUGAGACUUGCUCAGACUAGGCCCCCAGUCCCUACCAGCCAGAUACCUCCAAGCCUUCAAGGUGAAGGCUGUGCCUAGCUGGCCGCUAAAAUGAGCCUGAUAGGACAGGCUGGGCAUAGACUCUCUGGGCCCUCUGCUAGGGCUCCUCUGUCCUGUGGUCCUGAGCUGCGGGCCCUUUUCAGUCUGAGGGAGCCUAACCUAAGGCAGGGUUCCAUAGCGAGAAAAUUCAAUUUAGCAGAUAUUUGAGAACCUACUGUGUGCCAGGUUUUGUUCAAGGUCCUGUAUACACAGCACUGAAAAGAUACAUAAGGUCACUGCUUCCAUAGAACCUGCAUUCUGGUGGAAGAGACAAGCAAGCAAUGAACAAAUAAACAAAACAUAGUUUUAGUUAGUGAAAAAUGCUAGAAAGAAAACAGUAAUGUGAUAGAGCGCUUGCAGGGUAGUUGAGAUAAGUAGCCUAGAAAGGUUUCUCUGAGCAGAGGGCAUGCGAGCUGGGGCCUAAAGAACUAGGAGUGAGCCAGGUGAACAUCUGGAGAAAGAGGGAUCCAGGCAGAGAGAGGAGUAAAUACAGAGCCCUGAGGUAGGAAUGAGCAAGUCAAAUUCAAGGACAUGAGGUCAGACCCCCUAAACAUGGAGGAAAGUAGGGGACUUAUUGCCAAAAACCCAGCCAUGCUUUCAGAGCGAAAGGGUGACCUGGUGGGUUCCAAGCCCUUCUGCUCCCUGCAUUGUAGAGCCUGGCAUGAGGUAGCACUUGCUAGAAUUGGAUCCUAGGUGCUUAGCCCUAUAAUCUCUGGGCCUCAAAGGUAGAAGCUACCUCCUGCUGGAUUGCUUGGCCAUAAGAGCCAUGGAGAAAGCUGUGAGCCCAGAGUGCCUGCCACCUGGACACUGAUUUUACUGUAUGCUGUAUCAGACAGACAGCUGGAGUUAGGACUUUUUGUAGAGCCUUUUCCAGUUUUACUAAAAAAAAAUUUUUCU